GGGUACAGCGGUAGAUGUGUCAAAUCGCGAAAUCCACCACAAUAUCUGGAUGAACAUGGUGUUUAUACAGAAAAGAUGAUUUGUAACGUCCGAUUUCGAUGUGUGUAAAUUGAUGAAAAAAUGGUUAGCAACAUUUCUCGGGGCACUCCACGUAUUCAGGUCUUUAGACCUACAUACGAAGAAUUUAAAGAUUUCACUAAAUAUGUGGAGUACAUGGAAAGUAAAGCAGCUCAUAAAGCUGGCUUAGCAAAAGUAAUUCCACCACCUGAGUGGAUUCCCAGAAAAAGAGGCUAUAGUUUAGAUGACUUAGAUCUUACAAUUCCUGCUCCAAUUUGUCAGGUGGUAACUGGUAAACAAGGUCUUUAUCAACAAAUUAACAUACAGAAGAAAUCAAUGACUGUUAAAGAAUAUAGCAAGUUAGCUAAUUCUGAGCGGUAUAAUACUCCACGACAUUUUGAUUAUGAAGAUUUAGAAAGAAAGUAUUGGAAAAAUAUAACAUAUGUGGCACCCAUAUAUGGAGCAGAUGUAUCUGGUUCAUUAACUGAUCCAGAUGUAAAAGAAUGGAACAUUAAUCAUUUGGGAACAAUACUUGAUUAUGUGAAUAAAGAUUAUGGUAUAUCUAUUGAUGGAGUUAACACAGCUUAUUUAUACUUUGGAAUGUGGAAAACUACAUUUGCAUGGCAUACAGAGGACAUGGAUUUAUAUUCAAUAAAUUAUUUACAUUUUGGAGCUCCAAAAACAUGGUAUGCUAUACCACCAGAACAUGGUCGGCGAUUAGAGAGACUAGCUAGUGGAUUCUUCCCAUCAAGUUAUCAAAGUUGUCAGGCUUUCUUACGUCAUAAAAUGUCUCUUAUUUCUCCUCAAAUAUUGAGGCAAUAUUCUAUCCCAUGUAAUAAAAUAACACAGGAAGCUGGAGAAAUCAUGAUCACUUUUCCUUAUGGAUAUCAUGCUGGUUUCAAUCAUGGAUUCAACUGUGCUGAAUCCACUAAUUUUGCUACUCCACGAUGGGUAGAAUAUGGUAAAAGAGCUACACAGUGUACCUGCAGUAAAGAUAUGGUUAAGAUAUCUAUGGACACAUUUGUAAAGCGUUUCCAGCCAGAAAGGUAUGAAUUAUGGUUACGUGGAGAAGAUAUUGGUCCUCAUCCUGAAGAUCCUAAACAAACAGCUGCACCAAUGCCUUCUCAAAUGGAUCUUUUAUGUAGUAAUAGUAGUAAUGGACAAUUACCGCAAAGUUAUUUGAAUGCUGCUCCAAAAAAUAAACGGCACACGAUACAUAAGAAAAAGAAUAUAAUGACUACGAACCCGGAUGUUGAUAUGGAGGAGUUAGUAAACCGUCCCGAUAUUCCACCAGAUGUCAAGAAAGUAUUACAAGAUUUAGAAUUGGAAGAAGUAGAGGAUCAGCCAGAUGAACAGCAGUUAGAAGUUUUAGAAGAUAUAUGGUUGAAAGCAGGAGAAAUGGAUGUGAACGAGGCUUCUGUCUACGAUGAUGGUUACAAUCGCAAGAAAAGUCGAAAACGAAAGAAAAAGAACGCUGAUAAAGAUAAGUCCAAGUCCAAGAAAGAUUAUAACAAAAGUAUUACUGAAGAUGUUACAAUGAAGACUGAAAUAAAAGUAGAAACAGAUGACAGUUUUAAUUUUCUGUCUCCUGUAUUCCCGGAGCAAAGUGCUCAGUUGGAAAAUGACGAUCAAGGAAGUUCCAACAUUACACCAAGUGAUAGUAUCAUUGAAAACAUAAAAGUAGAAGAAGGUUCCGAUUUCUCGGAAGUCGUCGAUAAACCAGUGAAGAAAAAGAAAAAGCAUUCAAAGUCUGGAGAACCAAAGAAAAUAAAAUCAAAGAAUAUGAACAAAACUAAACGUAAACAUUUAAAUAUGUCCAUUUUCGAUACUAAUGAACCUUUAGAUGUAUCUGAUGCUGACGUACAACGGAAAUUAAUGGCUAUGCCAAGUCUUAAUUUACAUAAGUCUUCAACAGGUAAUAAAGAUACCACUAACCAUUUAUCGGGGAAUAUAAUUUUCUCUGAAAACGAAGUUAAUAUAAAUCCCAUUAAAGAAAAAACUGUUAUAAGUAUUAUAAAUAGUGGUCAAACUGCAAAUGCUAUAUAUAGCGAUACGAGGGAGACAGAGAAGAUUACAGAUAAUACUGCAGAUGAACGACUAAAUUUAUAUACAAAGACUGUGAAGAAAUCUACCGUAACUGUGAAACCAACAUUUUCUAAGCCAAUUUCAGUAAAAAAUAUUUCUUCUGAUCAAGUGAAAUCCAUUAAUAAAAUUGACAAAGCUGUAGAAUCUGAAUACAUCAGCGAAGAUACAAACAUUGCUAUACAAGAAACGAAACCGGGAACAUAUACUACUUGCAAAAGUGUUGGAACAAUUAUAAGUGAGAGAUCCAUACUUAAUUACACAAAGAAAGAUAUUAUAAAAGCACCAAGGUUGAGCGUUUUAAAAUCAGCUUACAAUAUAACGGCAACCGAAGUAUCUCCAAAAGUUGAUACUGAAAAAUCAGUCAGAGAGGAGAAUGAUACUCAUGUAUCACCGAAAAAUAUAGUGGUUUCACCAAAGACUUGGCCUAUUACCAAAUCACGAGAACCUAAGCUCUCAGGAUCAGGCAUUAUGUUUUUAAAUACGAGUUUUUCUAAUCCACCGAUUUUACAGAAAGAAACCUUAGCUCAAGAGUUGGGAAAUGAGGUAAAGACUGUGGAACUUUCAAAAUCUAUAACUCCAUGCGCUAUUCAGAUACCACAGUUAGAAAAUUUCUUUGCGAAGAACACGGUCUUAGCACAGCCGUUAGCUCAACCUGUAACGUGUGUAAGUGGAACGAAUACAGAUAUUAAGAAUCUUGGAAAAAGAUCUACUACGGAUACAUCAAAAAUGAUGGCGACAAAGUUCUGGCAACCUUCAACUAGUAACAAUAACUUUUUCUUCUUAAAAGAUACGAGAGAUGACAAGAAAGCUCAUUCUACAAUCACAAACUACGACACUUCUGAAGCCUCUGUCUCGUCUUCCUCGUUAAGUUUAAAAGGCAAUAGCACAUUCUUUCUAGCUACAACUUCAAAGUGCACAAACAUUUCGUUAAAUCCUCAAUCCUCAAUGAUGAUUGACUUUAAUAAGAAAUAUUUACAAACUUCUAGUUCAGUUCCGAAUACAACUGGUUCCUUUGUGAAAAUUAUACCAAAAUCACAAGAUCAGUUACUCAUGAAAAAGACAAUUAAUCAGAAAGAGGACAUUUGUAAUAGUAGAAAGCCUUUUAAGAGUACAGGUACAAUUGUUAGUAAUGUGAAAACUGUAUCAACACAAGUAGAUAGCCCAUUGGAAGCUAUACAACUCAGUAAAAAUGUAAAUAUUACAAGUUUAGACAUUGGUACACAGUACACUACGAAUCAUUCCAUCACAGAUUUACAAGAUAUCCAGAAAAUGAUCACUAUUUCGCCCUUACAACAAGAGCAAUUUUCGAAUGUAAUUACGGUCGACGAUAAGUUACAAACUCAGUGUAUACUAAAGAAUGCGGAAGGUAUAUAUACUGGUGUGCCACCAUCGAAACAGUUAACAAACUCUAGGCGAAAAUCAAAAGAAAAAUUAAAGAAGGCGACCACUAGGAAAAAAGAAUCCAUAGAAACAAAAAUACUCACAUCAACAACAAAUUUAGAGGAACUCAGUACAAUUACAUGUUCUGUGGAACAAACACCUUCCGUAUCUCAUCGUGUGACCAUGGUACCAGGACAUAUAUCCGAUAUGCUGUAUCCUAGUGUCCCAAAUAAUGACUUACUAAAGGCAUUCAAUGAUUACUGGAGUGCUCAAAUUUCUCACUGUGCAAUUUGUGCACCAUUUACCUCAAAUUGUAAUGGUCAUGGUAGGUUGAUGCCUCCAGACUGGAAAUAUUGUAAACCGACCGUUUUACCAGAGAGUUCACCGAUAUGGGUAUCUGCGAAUAUAUUUGUUGCAAAUUCAAAGGAACAAAUCGUUGAACCGGAAAAUGAUAAGCUUUUACGUUGUAGAGAAUGUCACGUCACGGUGCAUGCCUCCUGUUACGGAAUCACCGUAUUACCUACAGAUCUACGAAAUUGGGCUUGCGAUAAAUGCAAGGCUGGUAAAACGCAGGUGAUGUGUUGUUUGUGUCCUAUGCGAGGAGGUGCUCUUAAACGAACUAGUGAUAGUAAUUGGGCGCAUAUAUUAUGCGCUCUUUUAUUACCAGGAGUAACUUUUAAGGAUGCCAUAAAUAAGGAUCCUAUCAACGUACUGACCAUCAAACCAGAUAAUGUGAAACAACAGUGUUGUUAUUGUGAACAAAAGGAUGGAGCAUGUCUUAAUUGUAACCAGUGUUCUAAUUUGUUUCAUCCAUCUUGUGGUCUUGUUUCCGGUGCCACGUUUACAAUACCCGUAUACAAUUCACCUGAAUUACAGGUAACUUGUGACGGUCACGAUGAUGGGAAAGAAAAAAUACCGACAAUUCGACAAGGAGAAACUGUUUGGGCAAAACAUCGUAAUACACGAUAUUAUAAGGCCAAAGUAGAUUCUAUACAUGAUACUCUGUUUUAUAUGGUUACAUUCAGUGAUGACAGUUUCAGCGAAGAUUUAUAUCCAUCAGAUAUUACGAAUUAUGAUCCAGGAAACCCACCGCAACAAGGCGCAGCAGUUGUCGUGAAAUGGACCGAUGGAAACUUGUAUAAUGGUAUCUUUGAAGGUACAAAUCACCGAAUCAUGUAUACUGUAAUUUUCGAGGAUGGUUCACAACUUGUUUUGAAACGAAAUGAAAUUUAUAGUUUACAAGAAGAUAUGCCAAAAAGAGUUCGUUCACGUUUGUCUGUUGCGACCGAAAUGAAGCACCGGUAUCAUCUGUACGGCACGGAGGAUGAAUCGGAGGCGCAAAGAAAGGUCUCGGUAAAUACUUACAAGCAAGUGUGACGGCCAUUUUGCCUGUGUAAACAAUCAGUAGCAACGACCCGUA